GCGUUUUUCCGGAGCAGCAGACAAAAAUGGCAGAUCGAGGAUACAGUUUUUCCCUCACAACAUUUAGCCCCUCUGGCAAACUGGUGCAGAUUGAAUAUGCCUUGGCCGCUGUCGCAGCCGGUGCCCCGUCUGUAGGAAUCAAAGCAUCAAAUGGAGUAGUGUUGGCGACUGAGAAGAAACAGAAGUCCAUACUGUAUGAUGAACAGAGCGUACACAAAAUUGAACCAAUAACCAAACACAUAGGCAUGGUGUACAGUGGAAUGGGUCCUGACUACAGGGUGUUGGUCAGAAGAGCAAGGAAGCUGGCACAGCAGUAUUACCUGGUAUACCAAGAGCCAAUCCCCACAGGCCAGCUGGUACAGAGAGUGGCUUCUGUUAUGCAAGAAUACACGCAGUCAGGAGGUGUGCGGCCCUUUGGAGUGUCUCUUCUGAUUGCUGGUUGGGAUGAAGACAGACCAUACUUAUUUCAGUCAGACCCAUCGGGAGCUUAUUUUGCCUGGAAAGCUACAGCAAUGGGAAAGAACUAUGUCAAUGGAAAAACAUUCCUUGAGAAAAGAUAUAAUAAAGAUCUGGAACUUGAAGAUGCUAUACACACUGCCAUCUUAACUUUAAAGGAGAGUUUCGAAGGUCAGAUGACUGAGGACAACAUAGAGGUGGGCAUCUGUAAUGAAGCAGGAUUUCGCAGACUCUCGCCUGCUGAAGUGAAGGAUUACCUGGCAGCGAUUUCAUAAAAAUCAUAGCACCACAACUGCUUACAUAGUUU